AGCCAGUUUGCUUUUGAGUUUACUUGUGUUUAACAAAAUGACUACCUCACCUUCUGAAAUAAGUCUUCGAACUGAAGAAGAAGAUUUCUACAUGCGCAUUGUAAGCCUAGCAGCUGAAAGGAGCAAAGAUCCGAAAACUCAGGUUGGCGCUUGCGUCGUUAAUAAAGACAAAAUUGUUGCUAUUGGAUAUAACGGUAUGCCAAUCAAGUGUCGUGAUUCUAAAAUGCCUUGGAAGACAGAAGAAGGAUUGAAGAAUAAGUUACUGUUUGUUUGCCAUGCAGAAAUGAACGCAAUUAUUAACAAAAACUCAGCAAGCGUCGAGGGCUGUACCCUCUACGUAGGGCUGUUACCUUGUGAAGAAUGUGCCAAGGUCAUCAUACGUUCUAGGAUAACUGAAGUUGUCUAUAUGGAUAGUCGUAAAAAAUACGAAGGGUCUUUACCAAUGUUAAAAGAAGCAGGUGUCAAAUGCAGGAAAUAUCCAAAAAUUGAAGAGUUUAACGUAGACUUUGACGAAGAUCGACCAAAGGUGCUGUAUAAAAUGUGACUGUAUGUAAUGUUUUAAGAACAUUAGGUACGCGAGCGUGUUAGAAAAAUUCUAUGAAAUUCAAAAACACAAUAUAAGUAAAUCAAAUUUAUUUCAAUUAGAGGGUAGUACAUAAUGAUAUAUAAGUAGCAAAAAUUGUUUGCGAACUAAUAAUAAAAAGCAAUACUU